CGUGUUGCUCAGUGUCCCGCAGGGUUUCCAGCGAGUGAGCGAGAACUAGCGGGGUUGUGAGGCUGGUACCGAAGGAGCGAGGGGAGGAAACGUGAGGAAUGGCUGAAAGCUGACUGUGUUUUCGCAGAACAAAUCACGAGAAGAAAAGAGGGCGCGAAUACGGUACCUCUUCUUAUUUUGUCGCCGUUCAAAUCAGUGUACGGGUUGUUGAAUUCAAGGGAACUCCAAGAAGCCUGGUUCCAGCUUUAAUGGGACACCGAAAACGUAAAAAAGCGAAAGGUGUUGAUCUGUUUACCGUGGUGCCGCUUGGUCUUACGGACCCUCCACUCUGCGUGGAUUUAACAUAGCUAAACGGACACAUUACGAAUAUUCUGGGCUAAGAUUCUGUUACCCUUCUGUUUAUAACAACGUGAAGGUCCGGAGAGGAGUGAAAAGGGAUUAUGUGUUUCUUUCUGCGCAGGCUGGAUCGUGAACAUGGAUUUUUAUUUUUGAUGAUUUAUGAGUUGCUAGCUAGCUAAAGGAACUCAUGAAUUUUCCUGCGAAACAUUGGUACAGAUGAAUUAACCUGUUUGAAAGGUCGUGCAGUAAAUUUCUGGACUUCUUUAGCCGAAUUCAAGGGAAACCAAAUCUACGGUUGUUUUUAAAUUGAGAAAGAAGAGGCUCUGUUUGUUUUUUACCAAAGCCAAAUACGAAAAUGCGCUUGUUGAUCAUUCGGAUAUUAUUGUCGGGGUGGUAUUUAAUAUGUGGCAGUGCUGGAGGACAAGGGCAAUCUACUCCAGCUCUUUGCUCGACUUCGUGUCGCUGCGACGGAGACGGGGGUGCUGAUUGCUCCGGUAAAGGACUCGCCGCCGUACCAACUGGACUAAGCGCUUUCACGUACUAUCUGGACAUCAGCAUGAACAACAUCACAGAACUCCCUGCCAAUGUCUUCAAAAAUUUCCCAUAUUUGGAGGAAUUACGGCUGGCUGGAAACGACCUAACUUACAUCCACCCCGAAGCUCUGUCUGGCCUCCACCAGCUCAAAGUCUUGAUGUUGCAGAAUAACCAGCUGAAGACUGUGCCCAGCCAGGCUCUGAAAAGCCUUCUCUCCCUCCAGUCUCUCCGGCUAGAUGCGAACCACAUCACGGCGGUGCCGGAGGACAGCUUCGAGGGCCUGCAACAGCUGCGCCACCUGUGGCUGGACGACAACAGCCUGACCGAGGUGCCCGUGGGGCCUCUGAGUCACCUCGGUAACCUGCAAGCACUGACGCUGGCCCUUAACCGCAUCACCUACAUUCCCGAUGACGCCUUCGCCAACCUCUCCAGCCUUGUGGUGCUACAUCUACACAACAAUAAAAUCAAGGAGAUUGGCCAGAAUUGCUUUGCAGGCCUGGACAACCUAGAAACACUGGAAUUGAACUUCAACAACCUGAUGAUGUUCCCCGAGGCCAUCCAGGCACUUCCCAAACUGAAAGAGCUCGGAUUUCACAGCAACAACAUUGCGGCCAUCCCAGAGCGGGCCUUCUACAGCAACCCUUUGCUACGUGCUAUCCACUUGUAUGACAACCCCAUCUCUUUUAUUGGGAGCUCAGCUUUCCAGAACCUGUCCGAUUUGCAUUCUCUGAUGCUCCGUGGAGCCAGUUUGAUGCAAGAUUUCCCCAGUCUCGCUGGGACCGUCAACCUGGAGAGUCUAACACUCACUGGGACGAAGAUCAGUGCCAUCCCAGCUGGACUUUGUGAGGAUCUAAAGUUUCUACGUACCUUAGAUCUUUCCUACAAUGAAAUAAAGGACCUCCCAGUCUUUCAGGGCUGUUUCAAGCUUGAGGAAAUAUCCCUGCAGCACAAUCGCAUCCAGGAAAUCCAUGGAGACACUUUCCAAGGGUUGGCCUCCCUGCGUAUCCUAGACCUGAGUCGAAAUGAGAUCACAUCGAUUCACAAAGAUUCAUUUUUUUCUCUGACGGCUCUGACAAACCUGGACCUGAGUAUGAACUCUCUGAGCACCAUGCCCACAGCAGGGCUGAAUGCCCUCAGCCAACUCAAACUAUCAGGAAACCUGCAGAUGAAAGGUGCUCUGGCAGCCAAGAACCUCCCUAAACUCAGGUCAAUAUCUGUCCCCUAUGCCUACCAAUGCUGCGCUUUCGUUGGAUGUGACAUCAUUGGGAGUUCAUCUGAUGAGUAUGACAGAAAAAAAGACAUGAGCACCCAAGCUACAGUCGGAGAAGAAGAGAAUGAGAGAGUCCAUCUGAACAUGCACUGCUCUCCUUCUCCAGGAGCCUUCAAGCCUUGUGAGCAUCUGCUGGGCAGCUGGAUGAUCCGCCUGACAGUGUGGUUCAUUUGCCUGGUGGCGCUGGUCUUCAACUCGGCGGUGCUGGCGGCCACGUUUUCCCCCGGGCGGGUGAUGUCUCCCGCCAAGCUGCUGGUGGGGCUACUGGCCGCGUCCAACCUGCUGAUGGGCGUGUACGUGGGCCUGCUGAGCGCCUUGGAUGGGGUCACCUGGGGCGCCUUCUCUGAGUUCGGGGUGCUGUGGGAGACCGGGCCGGGCUGCCGGGCCACGGGCUUCCUGGCCGUCUUCUCGUCGGAGUCGUCCAUCCUGUUCCUGACGCUGGCGGCGGCGGAGAGGAGCGUGACGGUGCGCGAGCUGCUGGGGAAGUCGGAGCGGGGCGGGCGGGGUGGGCGUGGGCGCUUCGGGGCGGCCGCCGCCCUGCUGGCCGUCCUGGCCGCGGCGGCGGCCUGCUUGCCCCUCUUCCACGUGGGUGAGUUCUCCUCCUCCCCGCUCUGCCUGCCCUUCUCCACUGGGGAGACCCCUUCGCUGGGCUUCACCGUCGCCCUGGUGCUCCUCAACUCCCUGGCCUACCUGCUGAUGGUGGUGGUCUACACGCACCUCUACUGCAGCGUGGGCAAGGCCGACCUGACCGAGCCCUUCCAGGCCGGCAUGGUCCGCCACGUGGCCUGGCUCAUCUUCACCAACUGCAUCUUCUUCUGCCCCGUGGCGGCGUUCUCCUUCGCGCCCGUCUUCACCGGCGUGGCCAACAGCCCCGAGAUCAUGAAGUCGGUCACGCUCAUCUUCUUCCCCCUGCCGGCCUGCCUCAACCCCGUCCUCUACGUCUUCUUCAACCCGCACUUCAGGGAGGACUGGCGCCGGCUGCGGCGCCUCGGGUGCGGUGGGAGGGGGGCGGAGGCGGGGCUGGGGGCGGGGCCGGGGCCAGGGGGCGGGGCCGCCCAACAGGGGAGGGCCGUCCGCGAGCUGCCCUAUGACUGCGGGGCGUACUCCCAGCUCCAGGGCGACCUGGCCCUGUGCAGCUGCUGCGAGUCGGUGCUGCUGGCCAAGCCCUCGGCCUGCAGACACUUGGUGAAGUGGCACAGCUGCCCCGCCCUGGCGGCGCCCUGCCAGCGGCCGGAGGGGUACUGGUCGGACUGCGCCACCCCCUCCGCCCAGUCCGAGUACGCCGACGAGGGGGACUCCUUCAUAUCCGACAGCUCCGACCAGGUGCAGGCCUGCGGCCGGGCCUGCUUCUAUCAGAGCCGUGGCUUCCCCCUGGUCCACUACUCCUACAAUAUCCCCCGUAUCAGAGACUAACAGAGCUGCGAAAGGUUUGGUGUGUGUUUGUGUGCGUGCGUGCGUGUGCGUGCUUGUGGGUUUGUGCGCUCGCAGGUUUGUGCGCUCGCAGGUUUGUGCGCUCGCGAAAUGAACUAAGAGCGAAUCACUAUGAAACGUGUACAGGUUACCUGUACCAAAAUCCAUUCAGGAAGCACUUUUCUUAUCACUGUGUGACUAGAGACUCACCUAUCAAGAAGGGAAUCUGGCAAUACAUUAAACUUUUUUGAGCCAUGAAUCUUUUUUUUCUCCAAUACUUCUUUGUUUGCUUUUGUGAAUGCUUCAGCAUAAUUAUACCAAGUUCACUGUAAAAAGGAAAAAAAAAAAAAAAAUACAGUACCAGUGGUGCCUGGUUUAGCAGAGGGAAUAAAUGAUCAGAAUGUCUCCUUUAACUCACCUAGUCACCGUUCAAAUGAAAGCAGGAAUUCAAGCGUCUCAACAUAGAGGAGCCUGCAGUACUUCAAGUGUCAAAAUGAUAACUGUUUUGUCUGUUCUGCUGAUACAGUUUCUGGCUGUAAUCGUUUGUCAUUGAUAGCCAUCAUUCUACUUUGCAGAUACAAUCACUUGCAGCUACACGCCUUUAAAUGUACAGUCGUAUAUAGAACUGAGGUACUACACUAUAAAGUGUCAUCGUUAGACAGAUUGUACUGUUUUAAGUUCAUCAGUGUGCACAAGGAGGAGACUGGCAUAUCUUCACCAUUUGCAAUAUGGACACCAACGUUUGUAAACUAGAAACUUUCCAGAGUUUACGGCUUCCAUUGAACUUCAUGUGGAUGUAUACUAUGUUGACAUGUAUGUUUUGUUCAGUUUUAUGGAAAUUUUUAAAAGAAUUUAAAUUUAAGGUUCUUUACCCAUGUUCAAACUGUGGGACCCAUUGUUGCUGUAACUUUGAGAGUAGGAUCUCACUCUCCUCAUAUUAGAAUAUUUCCACCUUUACGUGGUAUAUUAAAAAAAUCAAGAUUAUAACAUUAGAUUCAAAAGAAGUGUGCAUAUGUGUGUAUAACAUUUGCUAAUUGUGUUUGGCAUUGCAGCCAUUUGAUGGGUUUUGCUUUACAAUUAGUUGCCCAGCUGCAUAUUUGGGUUCACAUCCCCAAUAUAGGUGCUGCAAAACCGAGGGAAACCAGGCAGAAAGAUGAUUUUAUUAAAGUGAUAUUUUACUGUGAAAUAAGUUUGAAAAACAAUGUUGAAAAACAAGUGUGUGCCUUUUGGUGUGAAAAUAGGCAAAAACGGAAAGUAAAUGGUAAAUCAUUUUAUUGAUUCCCUACUGAGAAAAGCUUUGUGUAUUUGAUUGUUGUGAUGGUCUGCAACUGGCAACUUCUGUCUACUCAGGUAGUCUUGAAUGUUUUCACAUUCUGUAUACAGCUAGUUAUCUAAAUAUCAUCUUGUCACCAUUACUUUGCUAAAGACAGUGCCAUUUUGUGCUGAUGGAAGUUUGUGUUGUGCCCCCGCUGUCUUUUAUACUAUUUUUGUCUCUUUGUCAAAGAUAUAAAAUACUUGUGGGUGGCGACCUAACAUUUUUAAUGUUAUUUAAAAAAUUAGGUUUGUUGUGUUCAAGGGCCCAGCAUAAAAAGAAUGCUCACCAGUGAGCUAUAAAAUUGAAAUAUAAAUUUUGACAACAGCAAAUUGACGUAUCUAAUAUGACAAUAGGUAUUUCGCAAGGUAAUUCCAAAGACUGCAGGCCAAUUUAAAGAUGUGAGUCAGAUGAGACUGAACAGUCAGUGAAAUGAAUGAGUUGCUAAGGGUACAGGGUAGCGUACAUGAGAAUGUCAGUCAGCCACUGGGGGUUCUCACUUUUGAAGUCUAAAUCUAAAUAAUGAAUGACCGAGGAUAUGUUGACUGUUUAACACAUCAUUUGUGGUGAUUACUAGCAUUGUAUUGCAUAGUUGUAACCCACAAAGACUAUUUGUGUGUGUGUGUGCCUGCGUGCGUGCACGUGCCAAUAGGUCAGAACCCUUAAAGAUGACACACCGAACAUCGAGGGCCAAAAAUGUUUUGUCUUGGAGAAAUACAACUUAGCAUAAAAUUAAUAAAUAAUGCUAAAUAUUGUGGUGAGGGGGUAACAUAAUUAUUGACAUAGGAACUUGUUACUAUUUGUUUUCUGCUCUGUUCAGCCCUAUAAUGUUUGGCCAUGACAAGUUAGAAUUUUUGUGCAUUAGCAUUCUUUUCUUUUUCUUGUCCUGACAGACCCUGCUUAAUGGGUUUUUAUGACAAUCAAUGAAAUGCUAUCAAAGAAUGUUAUAAUACCAGUACCAGCAAGAGAAUGCCUUCUAGUUAAUGGCUUGAAGGCCUAGCGAUAAUAAAAAUGACAGUAACACUAGCAUGAGGAACAGGCUUAAAACUCGUAUUUGGGAGCCUAGUGAUAUAUCACAUCUUAUAUCAGGGAUGCCUGGACGUGUUUUUCAAUUUUUAAAACAUCAGCACUCAGAACUGUGUGUUUUAGCACUGAUGAGCUAAUUUGCUGAACAUUUUGCCUGCAGGAAAGUCUAGGAUAGUGAAGACAACUUUUCUCAGAUUUAUUUUUCCCCUCACAAAAUGAUUUCAUGAAAGGUUUAGCAGGUGAACAUCCUGUCAAAUCCAUUCCUAUAGUGCUCAGUUAUGUUGUUUCAGUUCCUAAUCUUUUUCAAGAAAAGUUAAAGGCUUCCUCCUUUCAUGUGACAGAAGCCUGCUGUUAGGGUACAUUUGUUAAGAACUCUCCACCAAAGUGUCAUGAAACUGUUCAUUGUGUAUUUUGUAGACAAUCAGUUUUUGCCCCUUUCCCCUUCCUUUUACUUGUAUUUAUUUUGUUUUGUGUGAACAGGGUCUAUUCAGGUAUUGGUGAUUCAGUCAGUCCAUGAUGCAAUGAUCCAUCAAGAAAAGAGUUCCUGUUUAAAUGAAACAGCCUCGUGAGGACACAGGUUAAUCAGUGGGCUAUGACUAAACCAUUCUUACAGUAAAAAUGAAGCGAGGAAUACGCCAAACAUUGAGUCGUGUUAACUUUUCGAAUGCACAGAUCUUCAUUUUGAUCUGUUGCCGAACUGGCCUCAGUAGAGUCAUGCGUCAGGCGCUAAUAGCAAGGCCACAGAACUCAUUGCCGCAAUUCAAAGCAAGCUGUUCUUUUUCUGAUGCAAAACAAAGGACUUUGGUGCGUGUGGCUCCACACAUUUGGCCCUCAUUUGGUUCUUUCCUGAACUACUAAACUGGUUGUUCCUCCAGUUGCAGCAGUAUGGGUGGCUUGUCCAGAAAAAUAUAAAUUCAGCUGUUUUCAAUCACAAAGGUAACAGAUACUCCAUCUAUAUUACCGUAUAGUUUGAGUGGCCUCAAAACUAUCCUGUUUCUCACUUCACUUAGAUUACUGAUACUGAUUAUUCAGGGCAGCGUAGUUAAGUCUCAUAGUAUUGCAUGGGUGGUAAAAAAAAAAAAAAAACAUACAGGGACACGGAUUAAUUCUCUGGUGCCCAUGUUUGCAUACAGGUUUCAGUGCAAGCGGAUCUGUUUUGCUUGUGCUCUCUACAUACAGUUAAAGGAGAAUACACAUAAGACUCCAUAGAGCUCUGCAAUCUGGGGAUGUGGAUUGGUGUGUUUAUCUGCCUAUCAGGGAUUUCAGUCCAGUGACAUUUAGAUUAAAAAAUUGCCAUUUUAUUUGAGUCUGUGAUGCACCUUUUCCAUGUUGAUAUUUUAUAGGUGUGGUAGAAUUGGACAAUACUGCCAGCAGCCCUGGUCUUUUGUAUGACUCCAGGGUCUGUCAAAUGAACCAUGCAACAUACUGUACAGACAGCGUGGAUCAAAUAUAACUGCAUCUUUUUCUAAGCUCAAACCUUGCUACUCUAGCAAUUAAUGCACAAUAUGAAUUGGGUUUUUGGGAAGUCUGUAUUUAGACUAUUUUAAUGGAUAUGGGGCUAUUGCAGGGUGUUGUGCCUGUAAAUGACCAGUUCGACCAGGUAAUCAGUUUAGCUCUUCCUUAAUCAUUUUAGAAUCUAAUAUAAUUGAUCGUAUGUCAGUCUCAUAUCACCAUUCCUUGAAAAAAAGAAUUUUGACAUAGACUUUUGGUUUAUAGUCAAGCCAAUUUCUGUUCCACUAAACACUGCUAUAUGUGUGAGUUGCAUAACGUGCUGGAGAAAAAAAUCCUUAAAUGUGUCUGUUUGUGCAUUGUAAAUUGUUUGACAGUGUAUAAUUAAUCGAUAAAUGGAUGAUUUAUCCAACCAUGGAAGCUACCUCUUUAACUGUAGUGGCUACCAGUAGUGAUAUGUGAGAAAUUGUGGUUUUAAAUGAAAUGUUUCUGUUUUGUUUUGUUUUGUUCUUGCUUUUUUUGCUUGCUUUGUAAAUAAGUCUGGUUGUACAUUGUCACAGAAUUAAAUUCACGCAUCUAGUUUAUACCAAUUGUGGGAGGAAUUUAUGUACUGUAUACUGUAAUUUUUGUAAACCAAACCCUUAUAUAAACAAUUGCUUUAAGAAUUA